GCUGUGUCUUCAAGGAGGCGGGACACAGGGGAGGGGUGGGAAGGUCAGCUGAUGGACCUUGUCCCUACACUGAACCUGGGUCGCUGAUCCAACAAUGGAGGCAACUGAAGAUAAGCGGGACAUGGUCUCACUGACUGGGAAGUUUAACUUUAACCCCAAGCUGGGCAUUGAUAAUCCUGUGCUCUCUCUGACUGAAGACUACGACUUCUCUGAGUCCCGGAUGUCUGAGCGGCCUCGCUUCUGUCUGCUAAGCAAAGAGGAAGGUGGGAGCUUCGGCUUCCACCUCCAAGAGCGGCUGGGCAGGACUGGGCCCGUGGUGUGCCGUGUGGACCCAGGCACCUCUGCCCAGCACCAGGGGCUUCGGGAAGGAGACCGGAUCCUGGGGGUGAACAAUGAAGUCGUGGAACAAGAAGCCUAUGCAGUGGUGGUCCGCCACAUCAGGGCCAGUGGACCUCGAGUGUUGCUGACAGUUUUGUCACAGUCCGUAUAUGAUGUGGCCCGAGCUCUGGAGGGGAGUGAUGCCCGCCUCUGUCCUACUCUAGGCCCUGGGGUUCGGCCCCGGCUAUGCCACGUAGUGAAAGAUGAGGGUGGCUUUGGCUUUAGUGUCACUCACGGACAUAAAGGUUCUUUCUGGUUGGUGCUGAGUAGUGGAGGUGCUGCUGAGAGGGCAGGAGUACCUCCUGGGGCCCGACUGCUGGAAGUGAAUGGGGUCAGCGUGGAAAAGUUCACUCGGAGCCAACUUAGCAGGAAGCUUUGGCAGAGUGGCACACAGGUGACUGUGCUGGUGGCAGGGCCAGAGGUGGAGGAGCAGUGUCACCAACUGGGAGUGCCUCUGGCUGCCCCACUGGCAGAGGGUUGGGCCCUGCCAGUCAAGCCCCGCCAUCUGCAACUAGAAAAAGGGCCGCAGGGCUUCGGGUUCCUGCUCAGGGAGGAGAAAGGCCUGGAUGGGCGGCAUGGGCAGUUCCUGUGGGAGGUGGACCCUGGACUGCCAGCUGAGAAGGCUGGGAUGCUGCCUGGGGACCGGCUGGUGGCUGUGGCAGGGGAGAGUGUGGAAGGACUGGGUCACGAGGAGACUGUGUCCAGGAUCCGGGCACAAGGCUCCAGCAUCUCCCUCACAGUUGUUGACCCUGAAGCUGACCGCUUCUUCAGCAUGGUACGCCUGUCCCCUCUCCUUUUCAUGGAGAGCAUAGAUCCUACCUCUCCUGGUGACACUUCCUCAGCCUCUCUGGCUGAGACCAAGGACCUACAGAUUGGAGACACAACCCUGUCUUCUGUCCACUGUGACACUCGCCAAUGCUUCCUAUACCCUGGGCCCGGAGGUGGCUAUGGCUUCCGACUCUGCUGUGUGGCCAAGGAGCCUCAUCUCUUCAUCUCUCAGGUGAAUCUAGGAGGUGCUGCUGCCCGAGCUGGGCUACAAAUAGGAGACAUGAUUCUGGAGGUGAAUGGGUAUGCUGUCAAUGGAGAGAAUGAUCUGGAAAGGCUUCAGCAGUUGGCUGAGGCCAAACCACCCCUGUGCCUGAAGGUGGCAGCCAGAUCCCAGCAGGGCUUGGAAGCCUGGAUUCCGCCAGGGUCUGCACAGGACUGGGCCCUUACCUCAGAGCUGCUCUAGCAUCGCGCUGCUAGGCACAGUGGCUUUCCCAACUUCACCUCCAGCCUGGGGUGAUUGGAGAGGGGCUGCUCCCUUAACCUGGAAGCUAGACUUUAGGACUUUGGACACUUCCAAACUUGGAAGGUCUCCAGGGUCUCCCCCUUCCCAUGGACCCACUUAUGGUCAGAGGCUUAAGUGGGCCCAUGUGGACACCUGGGCUCUGAUUCUAGAGAAAAUCAUGUGUGACUGUGCUCACAGAUGACUCUUUCUGAAAAGACUGGUGUCAUGUUAUAACUUACAAUGAUAUGUACUUGGUCUAUAUCCUAUUUCUGGCUCAGAGCUCCUACAAUCCUUGGAAUUUCCUAAGUCAUGAGAACAAUAAAAACUGUCUUUUGGGAGUCGGGCACAGCGGGUUAAGCGCACGUGGCACAAAGCACAAGGACCGGCGUAAGGAUCCUGGUUCAAGGACGGGCGUAAAGAUCCCGGUUCGAGUCCCAGCUCCCCACCUGCAGGGGAGUCGCUUCACAGGCGGUGAAGCAGGUCUGCAGGUGUCUUUCUCUCCCCCUCUCUGUCUUCCCCUCCUCUCUCCAUUUCUCUCUGUCCUGUCCAACAACGACGACAUCGGUCACAACCACAGUAAUAGCUACAACAAUAAAACAGCAAGGGCAACAAAAGGGAAUAAAUAAAUAAAUAUUAGUAAA